UUGGCAAGACUGGCGGUCAGCUCCUCACCUACUCCGAUCGCUUCCAGUUCAGUGGCAUGACGGGCAAGAACAUUCUGAGCCCCGCGGUCAAAGCCGCCGUCAAGGACAUCGAUACCACAACCGGGCCGCCGACCGUAGACACGACGACCGAUGGGACGAAUCCUGCUGACCCCGAUCCGGUUGAUGACGACGUAUACAAGGUGGACUACGCGAUGCAGACGGGCUUGACGCGUUAUGCGCCCAUGCAGCCUGUACCGCCUACCAAGAUCACCGCCAAGAACACAAAGCCUUUGUACCCUACAAGCAGCGUCAAGAUUGCGAAGUCGAGGCUGCCGAUCCCGAGCCAAUUGACUACGCUUACGCAGAGUCAAACCUUCUCUGUUAAGAGCAUGGAAAACACGGUACGUUCUUUGGGGUGUAUAGAUACGCUAGAAGCUUUACUGACAUCUUUUAGGUUGCCGCAGCUCCUCACGCCACCGACGACAUGGCCAAAUUCCUGA